AUGAGUGGGAUGCAGUGUAUCAAGUACCUGGUGUUCGCGUUCAACUUUCUCUUCUGGUUGGCAGGCACAGGGGUCCUGGCAGUGGGGCUGUGGCUGCGUUUUGACUCCAGAACCUCUGGACUCUUUGAAGGAGAGGAUCCCCCCACUGUCUUUUUGACAGGGGUGUACAUCCUGAUUGCAGCUGGGGCCCUGAUGAUGGUGGUUGGCUUCCUGGGAUGUUGUGGAGCGAUCAAAGAGUCUCCAUGCAUGCUAGGAUUGUUCUUUAUCUUCCUCCUCAUAAUCUUUGCUGUUGAAGUUGCAGCUGGAAUCUGGGGAUUUUCCAACAAGGACACGGUGAUUGAGGAUGUAACUGAAUUUUAUAAACAAACCUAUACCAACUAUAAAGACACCAAACAGGAGGCUCUAAAGGAAACUCUGCGCCUGAUCCACUUUGGGUUGAAAUGCUGUGGCCCCACAGGAACUGUGAUCGAUGCAGCCAAAGACAUCUGCCCCAAUCAGGAGGGCUUGGAAGUUCUCAUUACAACGAGCUGCCCAGCUGCAAUUGAUGAGAUGUUCAACAAUAAACUUCACAUCAUUGGUGGGGUUGGCAUCGGUAUUGGAAUCAUUAUGAUUUUUGGCAUGAUCUUCAGCAUGAUGCUCUGCUGCGCUAUUAAGAAAUCCAGAGACUUUGUGUAA